AUUUUUCCGAUUUCGGCAUACAACAUUUUGGCAUACAAACACUUAAAAAGAUGGCAACUGCCAGCCCAAGUAAACUCAAGCCCAAAAAGGUCUUAACCAUCCAAUCGAAGGAGGAUUUCGACAAGAUCAUUGCAGAGGCUGGCAAUAAGCAUGUCCUGGUGGAAUUCUUUGCCACCUGGUGUGGCCCAUGCGCACUCAUCGGACCACGUCUUGAGGAGUUCGCCCAUGAGUAUGAAGAUUGCUUGGUCAUUGUCAAGGUUGAUGUGGAUGAUAACGAGGAACUUGCCGAAGAGUAUGACAUUAACAGCAUGCCCUCAUUUCUCAUUAUUAAGAACAAGGUGAAAUUGGAACAGUUUGCGGGCGGCAACGGGGAUAAGGUGCAGAGCACUCUGCAAAAGUUCUGCGGUAAACCGACUGAGCGAAAAAGUGUCCCAUCAACUUCGACUCCAAAACCAAAUAAACUUAUGGCCGUGAUUAAAGCGGUAACACCGAUCAAAACAAACAACCCGAUUCAAGUAGAAAAAAAAUAGCACACAAAUCGUUGAUUAAAAUUCAAUUGCAAGUUUUAAAGGCUAAGAGUGCACUAUGUGUUUGUAUAUCGCAACUUGAAAUCCAAAAUAAUAAAUUUUA